GCCCCAUCCAGCUUUAGAAAGGCGGGCCAUUGAUGGCCCAGGUCGCCGACCUGCGCCAUGCGCCGUACCGCGUCAAGCGCAACACAGUCGGGCUCUUCCUCAGCUUUUGCUCCUUUCUCAACCUCGUCUCGAUGGUUACUCCUCAUAUCUCGGUUCGCUUUCCUCAGCUAUGCUUUGUGUUAGCCCAUGAAGGCGUACAUCUCCGAGUACCUCCCGUGGACGGCACCGCCGCUUCUCAACACCUCGUACGCCAACUACUCCGACUUCAACACGCGGUCGCUGGCGCACAACCGGCUUGUCUACACAGCGACGACGCUCCCGAUGCACGCGGCCUACCACUACGAUCGCACUAACGACGUCCAAGUGCUUCGUACUACGAUUCCGUAUCCGUAUCCAAAGGACAUUCCUCAGUCCCGGUGCCUCUCCGAGAUGCUCUUGGGGAUGCCCGGGCUCAUUUACUACACCGAGCCCGAAAUGGCCGUGGUUUGCGCGCUCGCAUCGCCUGGAAACGCGACUAUCGCUGACCUGACCGCGAACGGGUCGUGCUUUUACGACAAGGUGGCCACCAUCACGUUUGGUACGUCGUGUCUCUGGCUCACACUUGGUGAUGCUCUUCACGGGACGAAUGCCUCGGACGUCGUGACGCUCACGUACACGUACGCAGCGACGCGCUUUGAGGUGUUUUUAUGGCUCAAGUUUGGCUACCGCCUGUUGCUGACGCUAUUUGUGCUCUGGCGCAUGUGGUUUUGCUACUACCGGCACUGCUUUGCGCUAGAGGCGGCCGUUCGAUCCCGUGGCCAUGCGUUCGUGCGACGUGACGCAUCGGCGUGGCGCUACGAAGUGGUGCUGGGCGACCCGACCGCACUGAUUCUCGUCGACCCCAAAGUCGCGCUGGCAUUCCUUGCCGACAUUUGGCUCAGUACGAGCAACGUCGGCGUCUCGAUUCUAAGGGCAUCCCAAAAUGGCGACCUCGACGUGCUCUAUGUCAAUGUGCUCUAUCUGUCGCGCACGGUCUGGUUUGCCUAUUGUGCGCUCUGCGUCACGGCGUACUGGCUCAAACGGUCGCACAAGGAACACCUCUUUGCGGAAGUGGACCCGACGCUGGUCGCGGUCGCCGUCACCAUCUACGGCCCAAUCUUUUCGUGGGUGAGUGGCAACGUCGCCUUCAUGACGCGCAUGUAUCACUGGCUCUUUCUCCUGGCGGUGCCGCCGGCGGUGCGUGGCCAAGAGAAUGAAAUGGCCAUCGGCUGUGCAUUGUACACGCUUGUGAUUGCUUGCUUGCCGCUCAUCUACGGCUUUGGCGCGCCGCGCUACCGACACUGGUUGCGUCGAGACCCUUCGGUACUGCCGCGCGACUUUACGAGUCAUCAUUACAACAACCUCAAGAACCGACUUAUGCUGUCGUGCUUUUGCCAGCACCACGUGGACGCCGCUAUGGUCGCGCGAGGCGGCCGUGUCUACAAGCUCUUCGAGGCCAAUGCUGCCUACCAGGCGAGCCCCACGAUCAGUUUGAGAGGCUCGGACGUCUUCUUGCUCUGCUACCACGACGAUGUUCUGGAAGAGAAGAUUCGGCUCAGUCUCUUGGCCGUCCUCGACGAGAUGGCGGACUCCAGCGCCGUCUCUGUAGUUGAAGCACCGACGCCGUCCGGUUACAUUGCCAACGAGCUCGUGCUGCCGACCAAAGUCACGUUCCCGACGCCGCUGGGUUCGGUCACCGCCGCGCUCUCCCGACACUGCGAGAUCCGCCGACCCGUCGUGCCCUCGGUCUGGUGCAUGUGAUGACACUCCGUCGCACGAUAUGCUUGACCCAUCCAUUGUUCGACACUCUGGGCGACGAGGCGUAGGCUCGGCUAAAAGACACUUGCGAGGUGCGAUGGAUAGAUAGAUGGUCGCCAUUUUUGUUACAUAAGAAUGUGACCGAUUCCGCUCCUGACAA